AUGAUUCAGCUGAAGAAGGAAGAGCAGAGAAACAAGGGGUUAAGGAGGUCGAGAGGGACAGAGGGCAGGGGCAGAGGACAGGGACAGAGGACAGGGGCAGAGGACAGGGGCAGAGGACAGGGACAGAGGACAGAGGACAGGGGCAGAGGACAGGGACAGAGGACAGGGGCAGAGGACAGGGGCAGAGGACAGGGGCAGAGGACAGGGGCAGAGGACAGGGGAAGAGGACAGGGGCAGAGGACAGGGGAAGAGGACAGGGGAAGAGGACAGGGACAGAGGACAGGGGCAGAGGACAGGGGCAGAGGACAGGGACAGAGGACAGUCGCUUCAGUCGCCUCAGACGCCUCAGUCGCUUCAGUCGCUUCAGUCGCUUCAGUCGCCUCAGUCGCCUCAGUCGCUUCAGUCGCCUCAGUCGCCUCAGUCGCUUCAGUCGCCUCAGUCGCCGCAGUCCGCUUCAGUCGCUGCAGUCGCUUCAGUCACCUCAGUCGCCUCAGUCGCCUCAGUCGCUUCAGUCGCCUCAGUCGCUGCAGUCGCUUCAGUCGCCUCAGACGCCUCAGUCGCUUCAGUCGCUUCAGUCGCCUCAGUCGCUUCAGUCGCUUCAGUCGCCUCAGUCGCUUCAGUCGCUUCAGUCGCCGCAGUCGCUGCUGUCGCCACAGUCGCCGCAGUAGCCGCAGUAGCCGCAGUCGCUUCAGUCGCUGCAGUCGCUUCAGUCGCCUCAGUCGCCUCAGUCGCUUCAGUCGCUUCAGUCGCCGCAGUCGCUGCUGUCGCCACAGUCGCCGCAGUCGCUUCAGUCGCUGCAGUCGCUUCAGUCGCUUCAGUCGCCUCAGUCGCUUCAGUCGCCUCAGUCGCUGCAGUCGCUUCAGUCGCCUCAGUCGCUUCAGUCGCCUCAGUCGCCUCAGUCGCCUCAGUCGCUUCAGUCGCUUCAGUCGCCUCAGUCGCCUCAGUCGCUUCAGUCGCCGCAGUCGCUUCAGUCGCUUCAGUCGUCUCAGUCGCUUCAGUCGCCUCAGUCGCCUCAGUCGCUUCAGUCGCCGCAGUCGCUGCUGUCACCACAGUCGCCGCAGUAGCCGCAGUCGCUUCAGUCGCUGCAGUCGCUUCAGUCGCUGCAGUCGCUUCAGUCGCUUCAGUCGCCUCAGUCGCUUCAGUCGCCUCAGUCGCUGCAGUCGCUUCAGUCGCCUCAGUCGCUUCAGUCGCCUCAGUCGCCUCAGUCGCCUCAGUCGCCUCAGUCGCUUCAGUCGCUUCAGUCGCCUCAGUCGCCUCAGUCGCUUCAGUCGCCGCAGUCGCUUCAGUUGCUUCAGUCGCCUCAGUCACUUCAGUCGCCUCAGUCGCCUCAGUCGCUUCAGUCGCCGCAGUCGCUGCUGUCACCACAGUCGCCGCAGUAGCCGCAGUCGCUUCAGUCGCUGCAGUCGCUUCAGUCGCCUCAUGCCGUGUUCAGACCGAUCGCGAUGGAGGAGUCAGGGGCGAGUGAUUUACAUGUUAUGUCUAUGGCCGGGUGCGCUCAGGAGCGAAUGA